AUGUCCAACCGAACCACUAUGACCGAGUUCCUUCUCCUGGGUUUCUCUGAGAUUCAAGAGCUGCAGAUUUUGCACUUUGUGGUGUUUCUGGUGCUUUACCUGGCAACCCUAAUGGGGAAUCUUGUCAUCAUCACAGCCAUAGCCCUCAACCACCAUCUUGACAGCCCCAUGUGCUUCUUCCUGAUGAAUUUGUCCAUCCUGGACCUUGGCUCCAUCUCUGUCACCAUCCCCAAAUCCAUGGCCAAUUCCCUCAUGAACACCAGGGUGAUUUCUUAUUCCGGAUGUAUCACCCAAGUCUUUCUUCUCUUAUUCUUUGCUUCAGCAGAUUUUGCCUUACUGACCAUCAUGGCGUAUGACCGAUACAUCGCUAUCUGCCAACCACUGCACUAUAAGACCGUGAUGAACAGAAGAGCAUGUGUCCAAAUGGUGGCCAUUGCCUGGAUUUGCAGUAUUCUGUAUUCUGCUCUGAAUACUGGGAACACGUUUGCGUUAACUUUCUGUGGAGGCAACGUAGUGAACCAAUUCUUCUGUGAAAUCCCCCAGCUACUCAAGCUCACCUGCUCUGACUCAUACCUCAGUGAAAGUGGAGUUAUUGUUUUUAGUGUGUGCUUAGUCUUAAGCUGCUUUUUUUUAAUAAUUGUGUCUUAUGUUCAGAUCUUCAAAACUGUGCUGAGAAUCCCCUCUGAGCAGGGCCGGCGUAAAGCCUUCUCCACCUGCCUCCCUCACCUCAUUAUGAUCUCCUUGUUCCUUUUUCCUGGCACCUUUGCAUACCUAAAACCCAUCUCCAGCUCCACAUCAGGCAUAGAUCUUGUGGCAUCGAUUCUCUAUUCUGUUGUGCCUCCCAUGAUGAAUCCAAUCAUCUACAGUAUAAGGAACAAGGAAAUUAAAGCUGCCCUGUGGAAAAUGAUUGGAUUGAGGCCAUUCACAAAGAAUAAAAUGUCUGCCUUUUCCCCAUAA